AUGCCUCCAGGCCGUCCACCAAAACGGCCUGGUGACGCGGAUAUUGCCGUGCUCGAUGUUUUGGGCAACCCAUCAUCGCCCGCGACAAAAUGCAAGCUCCCUCGCCUCGACCAGCGAUCCGGUCGCGCCGACUUCUCGAGCGUCGUAAAGAGCAAGCUGCAGUCCUACACUCGGACCGGCCAGGCCUGCGACCGCUGUAAGGUUCGCAAGAUACGAUGCGAUGCCCUUCCCGAAGGCUGUUCCCACUGCAUCAACCAGAACCUCGAGUGCUAUGUGACCGACCGAGUUUCCGGCCGAACAGAACGAAGAGGCUACAUGCAAGAACUCGAACGUGAGAAGACGGAUAUGAUGACCCACAUACGAGACAUGGAAAGGAAACUCCGGGAAAAUGGCAUAGACGUGAAGCCGUGGCAUUCAUCCUCCUUUCCCGCUGACGCAAUUCCAAAUGGUUCAACGAAGAGUGAUGGCAAUGAUACGUCCAAUUCAACGCCUACGCCCACGCCGCAACCCCAGCCUUCGCCUCAGGAAGACACAACUACUAAGAAAGAGCCAUGGUCCCAACCCAGCGCGCCGACCUGGAGCAAGGACCGGCCGGCCGUAAUGUCCAUGGCCGCCAAUUCUCAAAAUUCUGCCGGUUCGAGGCCUGCCGAUGCUCACCUUGGUGUUGGCAUUGAUCAGGCGCCCCUGAGCUCUAUCAAGGGCACCUCAUUAUCGAUCCUUGGAAGUACCAUCGAUAUUGGAUCCUUAGAUGUUCCAGAUAUGGACGAACCGCCUGCGUCUGCACAAGGGUCCUCACUAUAUAACAAGUCUGUUCAAGCGUUACAGCAGUCCAUCAUGAAUAUAAACCAACCUCUUGCUAUCAAGUUACCACCUAGGCAGGAUGCCUUCAACUAUGCCGAGUGGUACUUUGUAAUGAUUCAUCCUUUUCAUCCGGUGCUUCAUAAACCUAGCUUCAUGGCACUGCUAGGACAACAUUACGAUAACCCUAACUUCACUUUAAGUGCUGCAGAGGAGGUUAUGAUACACAUGGUAUUUGCUGCCAUCUACCUCCAAUACGGUAUAAGAAAUCGAGAACAAUCAGCAGAGCAAAGAGCUCAUCUGAAUGACCUGUCUAACAAGCAUUAUCAUUAUGGCCUAAGCAAGUUCUUCUACUUGAUAACGUCUCGGACAUUGAAGGGCCUACAAGCACUGUCUAUGUUAGUUACUCACACGAUGCGUUUUCCAAAACCCGAUUCCAGCAGCAUCCUAGCAUCUUAUGCGGUAAACUUAGCGAUAGAGAUGGGGUACCAUCGAGUCUGGAAGAAGCCCGGCGAGGGCACCAACCUUGAAAACGAACUUCGAAAACGCGUAUGGUGGGUUAUCCUGUCGACAGCCGUGGUACUCAACGGACGGAUGGGUAGGCCAAUGCCAAUAAGACUGGAGGACAUGGAUGUCGAAUUUCCACAAUUAAUUCCCGAUGAGCAGCUGACGGAGCAUGGUGUCGACACAUCGAUACCCGGCCGAUGCGAUUACGACAUAGGUGUUGCGUCUUCGAGGAUGGCCACACUGUAUCUCGAGAUGUUUGCAGACAUUUACUGUGCGCAGAAGGACCCAAAGAGGUACCUUGCCAUUGUCGAAGGUCUCGAGAAGCAGUUGCAAUCCUGGCGCGAGCAUCUUCCGGAAGGCCUUAGGAUAGGAGAUGCGCAAGCGCCUGAGAAGGAGACGCGGAUGUCCGCCAUAUAUGCGAGCGUUUCGGCACUAGAGUUUCGUUUGUGUUUGAGGCACCCUUCAGUUGCCGCUACGGAUGAUCCCGAGAUCUUAGCUACUAACACCAGGAUAUGUGGGGAGGUUGCGAAGGCUAUGCUUCAGCAUGCACGCAAGUUAUAUAAGUUGAAGUGCCUCGAUACGACAUGGUACUGCAAUGCGGUGUAUGUCGCAGCUAUAUUUUCUGAUUUGGUGGCACAUUGGGAUCGAAGGCACGAUAUAACGGCUUCUGAGGUGCAGAGUCUUCGCGAGGAUAUGAAAACAUGGCUUACAAUCCUUGCUGAGACUGGUACUCUGAUGGGCUCUGGCACUCGUCUUCGUGAUGCGGUCUGCUCUAUCAUUGACCGCACCAUAGCGUGGAUUGAACGAGACCGUCUUCUGAACACUACAAAUGGAAAUCUAGCGCCCUCACACGCUUCUCCUGACGUGAUUAAGCGAGAAUCUCAUUCGCCUUCUUAUACCAAUAUGUCAAUCAACUCGAAUUCAAGUUCAAAUAUGAACAACACCCCUGAGCGAAUGAAUGACUCAAAGGAACACAGUAUUCCUAUAAGUAGCAAUAAUUAUUACCCCGAGACGAAUACUUCUAAUUCUAACACCUACCAACCCCUCAACAACUAUGCCAACACAACUACACAUGCUCCUAACGGUAUUUCUUACGACCCAAGCACCUCUUACAUGUACUCCCAGGCGGCGGGACCAGUGACAAAUGCCCAGGCUCAAGUGCAAGUGCAAGCGGAGGCCCAAGUUCGUGCACAGGCCCAAGCUCAAGUUCAGGCACAUACUCAAGCCCAGGUGCAUGCUCAGGCUCAACAUUCCCAAGUUCACGUUCCCAGCCACAAUCCACUGGCCAGCUUCGCGUCACAAGCAACACAAGUAACGCCGCCUGACGUUAUGUGGCGUCCACAAUCAUCAGGAGGCAACACGUGGCACGACUGGACCGCUGCCGUCGUCGACAGCCAGGAUCGCUACAGCGCGAACGCUCUUAUGUCGCUAGGAGGCGCGAACAACCAUCGGCCUUCGGGAAGCAUCCUCGACGGCAGCAACGAUGCGGCUAAUAGCAUGAGUGUGGGGACCAUGAGCAUGAGCAAUCCGACCUUGACGUCCUCCUCGGCACAGAUGCAAUGGCCUCUCCUACUAUUCACGGACGGAGUUGGGGGCGUGUAA